CCAAAGAAGACUCCGUGGGAAUCUCUAGCACAGGGGUUGGGGACAGACAAACUGAAGCAGAUCCAGAUGAGGGACUCCAGUAAAAACGAAAUAAUGAAGAGAGAAGCUGAUGCAGGCGCUAUGACAGGUUCCGGAGGACCGACAAGUCCUCACAAGCGUUACAGACAGGGUGACGAUGAACUUCGUCUUCUGAUCCCCAGCAAGGUAGCCGGUUCGAUAAUCGGCAAGGGUGGCCAGAACAUCACCAAACUGCGCAGUCAGUACAAAGCCUCAAUCAUUGUACCCGAUUGCCCCGGACCCGAACGGGUGCUCACCAUCAGCUCGGAUCUGUCCACUGUUCUCCAGGUGUUGAACGAGGUCGUACCUAAUCUCGAGGAGGUGAGUGUUGCUACCAGAAGAGGAUCACACGGGAAAAGAAAUGACUCAAUCAACGGAUCGAGACAUGGCAGCGACGAGAUCGAUGUUCGUAUGCUGGUGCAUCAGAGCCAGGCUGGGUGCAUCAUUGGCAAAGGAGGGCUAAAGAUCAAGGAGCUGCGCGAGAAAACUGGCGCGAGAAUCAAGAUUUAUUCGCACUGCUGCCCCCACAGCACGGAUCGGCUGAUCAGCAUCUGUGGCAAGCCGAAUACGUGCAUCGAGUGCAUUCGCGAGCUGAUCGCCACCAUUAAAACCUCGCCUUUAAAGGGCGUGAACAACCCUUACGACCCGCACAACUUCGACGACUACUAUGCGGACGAUUACGGCGGUUAUGGUACCGGGGACGGUGGCCAAGGUAAAGGAGGUGGCUUCGGUGGUCCAGGAGGUCGCAGAGGUGGCGGUGGUGGUGGCGGUGGCGGCGGUGUAGGCAUGAUCCCGCGACAAGACAGCCGCUCUAUACCAGACGCUGUAAACCGCGUUUUUCCACCGAGGGGAGGACUUCGUGGAGGUGGCGGCGGAGGCGGUGGAAUGUCGGGUGGACCGCCUGAUCGUGGCUACGGUGGCAAUUCCCGCGGAGGAGGCGGAGGAAGUGGCGGAUACGAAGGUGGAAGAGGUGGAUAUGGCGGGAACAGGGGUGGUCAUCCACCUUACGCCGGUGGAAAUUACAACGGUGAUGGAUGGGGCAUGCAAGGAGGCGCGCCAAACGGUUUGGGUGGCGGCGGCUCUAACUCUGGAAUGAGCGGCCCAUCCAUGGGCGGCAACAAUCAAGGGAACCAGGGCAACAUGGGUGGAAACAAGACCAGCACUCAAGUCACCAUUCCUAAGGACCUCGCGGGAGCCAUAAUCGGCAAAGGAGGUGCCAGAAUCCGGAAAAUCAGAUCAGAUAGCGGCGCCGGGAUCACUAUAGACGAACCAUUGGCCAACAGUAACGAUCGCAUCAUUACCAUAACCGGGUUACCCAGUCAGAUACAAAUGGCUCAGUACCUGCUCCAGCAGAGCGUGCACGAGAAUGCAGACCAUUAUUAGGAUGUGGUGUGUAAAGGAAGCAUUCGGGGGGAGCCAAAGAUGCGUUUAUAAUUUUUUUAGGGAUACUUCUUCGCGCGAAAAGUGGAGACCGAGAGAAAAAAAAAAAAAGAACGAGACGAGAACUCUUCAAGCCUUUUUUUCACCGAGAAACGAAAGAAAAACAAAAAAAAGAAACAAAAUAACAUAGCACGCUUUCGGUGUGUUUCUUCUUGUUACGAUGAUGUCCCUUUGAUCGAACGAGAACGGGGAGCAAGGAGAGACACACAAUUCUACGGACUUUCCAUUCGAUAACUAUUAUAAAGAAAACAUGGAAUUGGCAGUCGAGGAGGAGCCUCCUCGUGCGAGAAAGGCCAAAGAACAGCGCUGUUUAAAAACGCCUGAGAUCGUUCUCGAUCUUACACAUUUUUUUCUUCUUCAUUUUUGUUCUCUCUUUUUUUAGUUGAUUUUUGUUCUAAUCAUUUUGUAUCACGUGCUUUUAUUUCCCACGGCUCUGAACCGAGAGAGUCUUUGAUACGAUCAUAUUUUUUUUUCUCUUCUUUUAUUCCCCCUUCGUUUUAUCUCCAUUUUUUACAUCGAAUAUCGAACCAGCCAUCGGAAAAUCACCAUCGAAGCGCACACAUUCUCCAUACCCUUUUUCUACUCUUCGCUAUUUUUGCUACAGAAAUUUGAAAACACUUGAACGAGUCAUUGUACAUUAUCGAGAGAUACUGAAAAGAAAAAAGAAAGAAAUGUACCACACACUUUUUAAGCAGGGAGAACAAUUCACGAAGGAAAUUCGUGUGAUAACAAGAUUGAUGAUAAAGAGUAGUUUCUGUCAGCAAAAGAUCGAAGAACAGUGGGAAAAUACAGCGGUAACAUCGAAGGAAGGGAGAGAUCGUCGAAAUCGGAAAAAUAAUUAUAAAACGCGAGAAAAAGAGUACAGAGAGGAUUUUUGUAUAUAACAUAUAAGAAAAAGAAAAAAACAGGAGAAAUUACUAACAGAAUCAUUUCCCUUUCCUGUAACCGCCCAUCCACCACGUUUCCACCGCUGCAUCACGAUUAUCCUUACUUAUAAUUAUCGUUAAUUACCAUACAAUUAAGAGGAGUAAUUUUGCAUUCAGUAGUUAACCCCCCCCC